AUGGCAUUGAGAUCAAAAGCCCUUCACCAUGGCCGCUCUCUUAGCUUCCCUUCUCAGUCACACCCUUCCGUUUCUCAGUUCAAUGAAAACUUGGCCAAAAUGGAAGCUUCUAUGACAAUGGAGGCAAAACUAAAUGGCCUAAGAAACUUGUACUCCGACAUCGACGAUCUACUCAUGUUGCCUCACAUUCAACAAAUUAUCGCACAAGAAUGUCAGACAAAAUGGGUUGAUCAAGUGUUGGAUGGCUACAUAAGGUUAUUGGAUGCAUGCACCACAGCCAAAGACCUAUUCUCGCAAAUCAAACAACAAGUACAAGAGCUACUUUCUGCUCUAAGGAGAAAUGAUGUGAAUGGCAUCAACAACUAUCAUAUCUCGAAAAAGAAGUCAACGAAGAUGAUCCUCAAGUCUUUAAAAGAUUUAAGGAGCCUCAGAUGUAAGAAAAAUGUUUCAUCCUUGGAUAAAGACGAUGAAACAGUGGCUCUUGUAUGUAUGUUGAAAGAAGCUGAAUCAGUCACUAUUGCUGUCUUUGAAGGCUUGUUAUCAUUUGUCAUGGGGAACAAUGUGCAAGCAAAAUCGAGCGCAUGGUCGUUGGUGUCGAAAAUAUUGCCGUCCAAGAAAGUAUCGAAUCAAAGUGAAGAAACAGAUUUGAAUGAGAUGAAAGAGAUGGACUCCAUCAUUCAAAUUCUUGAACAAGAGAUAGAGUGCUUGUUCAGGCAGUUGAUUAAAACCAGAGUUUUCCUGCUAAACAUUCUCAACCACUAG